GUCUCGGUUUCCCGGGCCGGCGCGCGCGGCUCCCGUCACUCGCACGCGCGUCGGCGGGGGGGGAAGAUGGCGGAGUCCGGCGGUAGCAGCGGCGGUGCUGGCGGCGGCGGUGCCUUCGGCGCGGGCCCGGGCCCCGAGCGCCCGAACAGAGCCGUUCUGGGCCUUUGGAUCGCUCCUCGUGGGUUGGCAAGCCGACCAUGGGGAUGAGGCCAGCCCGGAGCCAGAGGAAAGCUCCCGCCCUGACAGCACGGCCGACAAGAACGGGGCCCUCAAGUGCACUUUCUCGGCGGCCGGCCACAGCACCAGCCUCCUGCAGGGCCUGGCCACCCUCCGCGCCCAGGGCCAGCUCCUUGAUGUCGUGCUGACCAUCAACAGAGAGGCCUUUCCUGCACACAAGGUCGUCCUGGCCGCCUGCAGCGACUACUUCAGGGCCAUGUUCACCGGUGGCAUGCGGGAGGCGAGCCAGGACAUCAUCGAGCUGAAGGGCGUGUCGGCCCGCGGCCUGCGGCACAUCAUCGACUUUGCCUACAGCGCUGAGGUGACCCUGGACCUGGACUGCGUGCAGGAUGUGCUGGGUGCUGCUGUGUUCCUGCAGAUGCUGCCCGUGGUGGAGCUGUGCGAGGAAUUCCUAAAGGCAGCCAUGAGUGUGGAGACCUGCCUCAACAUCGGCCAGAUGGCCACCACCUUCAGCCUGGCCUCGCUGCGGGAGUCAGUGGACGCCUUCACCUUCCAGCACUUCCUGCAGAUCGCCGAGGAGGAGGACUUCCUGCGCCUGCCGCUGGAGCGCCUGGUCUUCUUCCUGCAGAGCAACCGGCUGCAGAGCUGCACUGAGAUUGACCUGUUCCGAGCUGCGGUCCGCUGGCUGCAGCACGACCCGGCCCGGCGGCCGCGCGCCAGCCACGUGCUCUGCCACAUCCGCUUCCCGCUCAUGCAGUCCUCCGAGCUGGUGGACAGCGUGCAGACGUUGGACAUCAUGGUGGAGGAUGUGCUGUGCCGCCAGUACCUGCUGGAGGCCUUCAACUACCAGGUGCUGCCCUUCCGGCAGCACGAGAUGCAGUCACCGCGCACCGCCGUGCGCUCGGACGUGCCCUCGCUGGUGGCCUUUGGUGGCACGCCCUACACCGACAGCGACCGCUCGGUCAGCAGCAAGGUAUACCAGCUGCCAGAGCCAGGCGCCCGCCACUUCCGCGAGCUCACAGAGAUGGAGGUCGGCUGCAGCCACACGUGCGUGGCAGUGCUGGACAACUUCGUGUACAUGGCCGGAGGCCAGCACCUGCAGUACCGCAGUGGUGAGGGCGCGGUGGACGCCUGCUACCGAUACGACCCGCACCUGAACCGCUGGCUGCGCCUGCAGGCCAUGCAGGAGAGCCGCAUCCAGUUCCAGCUGAACGUGCUGUGCGGCAUGGUGUAUGCCACGGGUGGCCGCAACCGGGCCGGCAGCCUGGCCUCCGUGGAGCGGUACUGUCCCCGGCGCAACGAGUGGGGCUACGCCUGCUCGCUCAAGCGCCGCACCUGGGGCCAUGCUGGGGCCGCCUCCGGGGGCCGCCUGUACAUCUCGGGCGGCUACGGCAUCUCAGUGGAGGACAAGAAGGCGCUGCACUGUUACGACCCUGUGGCCGACCAGUGGGAGUUCAAGGCGCCCAUGAGCGAGCCCCGUGUGCUGCAUGCCAUGGUGGGCGCUGGCGGCCGCAUCUAUGCCCUUGGGGGCCGCAUGGACCACGUGGACCGCUGCUUCGACGUGCUGACUGUGGAGUACUACGUGCCCGAGACGGAUCAGUGGACCAGCGUGAGCCCCAUGCGAGCCGGCCAGUCAGAGGCGGGCUGCUGCCUGCUGGAGAGGAAGAUCUACAUCGUUGGGGGCUACAACUGGCGGCUCAACAACGUCACCGGCAUCGUGCAGGUGUACAACAUGGACACCGAUGAGUGGGAGCGGGACCUGCACUUUCCGGAGUCCUUCGCGGGCAUCGCCUGCGCCCCCGUCCUGCUGCCCCGGGCCGGGACCAGGAGGUAGCCCCCCAGAUCCCCGGGACCCUGGCCUGACUGCAUGCUGUCUCCAAGCCUGGCUUGGCGAGUGCACGUCUGCCUGAGAACCCCAGUGCCCCUCUUUGCCCGGGCUGCCCUCGAAAGGCCUGCCGUGUGGAUAAGUGCCCCUUCCAGGGUGGCCUCCCUCCCUCCGUCCUUCCCAAAGCAGAUCCUGGCUCCAAGUCCAUUUGAGCGAGCCUGCCCACAAAGCGGCCAAGGAGCCAGUUGUGGCAGCAAACUUGUCCCUGGGGCAGCUUCCUCGCCUGCAGACUGGAGGGUGGAAUCCCAGGUCUCCAGGGGGUCCCUGUGCGGCUCCGCCUCGCCCCUCACCCCCUCCCAGCCCCGCGGUUUCAGGCAUUCAGGUGUGAGCUCAUCACCACUGAACCCAAAGUUGGUGGUUCAACUCACCCUCCUUCCAAGUCUCCCGCGCACAUGCUUUUAAAAUAAACUCGCCCAAAACCUCCACAGCACACAGACCUCAGAAGCAGUGAGAGGCGGCUUGGAAGCCCUUGGUUUGGGGUGGGUGGAGGACCAGUGCACGUGCCUGUCUCUCCUGGGGUGCCCUCCUUCCCCCAUCCCGAGCUGCUGAGGGGAGGCUCUGGUCAUGCCUCUGUUCCUGUCAUCAUCUGCCUUAAGGAGGAAAAACCAUGUCAGUCCUAGGAAUGGUCCUUGAGGACCUUGGGCCUUCAUUUGGCACUGAGCAUCUUGUGGGGCCUUCACUGGCGGAGACGUCCCGGCCCUCUACAUUUGCCCUGUUGGCCGAGCAGUCCCCUUCCUGCAGCUGGAGGGGGACACUGACUUCAGAAUUCCACAGUGUCGCCUCCUGCAGGUCAGCUGGGCGGUCUUUAUUCUCCUUCCUCCUCUUUUCCCCACUCUGCACCCUGCCACUCCCUGGCCUGCCCUGUUUCCAGGUUGACAUUGCUACCGAGCCAGCACUGAGGCCUUUCCUUUCUCUAGGGCUCUGCGGCAUCUCUGGCCACAUUUGUUUUAAUGUCUGAACCUCUAAAGCUCUUCUUUUUAAUUUGUUUUACUUUUUAUUUGAAGAAGCCGGCCCCGCUGUCUCAUAGAUGGGAUUUGUACUCUUGGGGCAACUUAAAGUGUCUCUCUCGCUGCUCACAGACGAUUGAUGUCUUGUCGCUGUGACCCACUCACCGUGUAAAGAAUUAACCUCCUAUCUUAGCAGACGUCGUCUCCUAAUAUUUCCCUUUAUUUAAUAAAAAUGUUAUGGUGAAGAGAUGGA